AUGUUGACUCCCGCAAAAUCACUAGCAAAGCCGUCCAAAACCACUACCAUGCUGUCUGCGACUCAAGCAUCCCGCUUCACCAUGUCCAGCAUCGCCACUUUGCACACAUCAAUGAAACUUGGUGGCCUUCACCCGUCAUACAUCAGCUUCAAUGCUACUGCUAAACAAACGGACGAGAGGACACUCAGCCAUGAUGCGCUAGUUGAGGCAGCGCUACAGGACGUGUUUGAUGCACUAACUAUACAAGACCGCCUGGAUGCAACUGCAAGCACAACACCCGAGCAGCUCCCUAUCAACGUCUACAUCACACCUCGUGAACUCCAUGAAUCAUCUGAGCGGAUUGGUGGAGACGUUGCGGUCUGGGUGCAGGCGUUUGCCCAGGAGUUCGCAAUACCACACCUUCAGCGUUUCAACACACGCUGUCUCAUUGAAGACAUCAAACCACAACGACAAUCCUCCCAUAUCAGUUCCAAGGGCCCGCAGCAUCUACCAGCGCCCAUGGUGGCCACUGGGGCGCGCAUUCAAUGUUCCGCUCAAGCCGCUCAAGCCUUUUCAGGUGAAUUGCAGGCGUCUACGGCACGCAUUGCACCAUCUGCAGCUAUUCGUGAGGUUGCAGACAUCGGUGCGAGCCGUGAAAAGAAAAAUGCUGCAUCCCCAUCAACAGUUCGCCGACACAGGAAUGCAGAUGCUGCAUCUGACCCGCUGUUUUUGGAACCGAGUCUGAAGCAAGAAUCUCGAUUAUAUGGGCUGCCGCUCAUUAGCAUUGGACCUAAUACGGACGCCGCACUUGAUCGGUUGAGGUUGGGGGAUGAAAAUUUACCCAAACUCCGUCUUUUAGUUCAGACUGCCCGCAGCAGCCGAUGGGAGGCAGUGCUCAGGUCUCCCAAAUGGGAUCUGUCAUAUGAGCAUGUGUCCAUUCUGUCUAUGGCCCUCUUUGCUGACCUUCAUGUCAUGCAGGUCAGCCCCGAGGUCGUCAAGCAGAAAACUUCCGUGCUUACAGUCAUUCUCAAGCUUCUCGGCACACUUAUCACAUUCUCCAUUUGUUUAGCAAUGAGCCGUACAUUGGAUGUCUCUGUUACGAUGGUCAUCCAGUCUUUCUACACCAAGAGUCGCUCAAGGCACGUCCAGGCGCCCCCUCGUACUCGUCCUAAGGUCACUCUAAGCAAAGAAGCUCGCACGGCACUCAAGCUUCAGCGGAACAAGAAGUCUCGUCAAUUCAAAGACACCCUCGAUGUAGCAUGGAGUCAAAUCAACGAUGCAACGAGGACGAUUGCUACGUCUCACCACAAGAGCAUCCGGCGUGUGGAGAAUGAGCUGUACAUGGGUCAUGGAUUGCUCCGUUCAAAGCUUUCAAAGGUCAACACUUGGAAUGCAUUUUGCUGGAAGAAAUCCCAGGACGCAAAGAAAGAAAAUAGCAGUAGGCAUGGAAAGGACACGCUCCGAACACUAGUCUGCGACAACAAGGCCGAAUACGAUGCACUCUCAGAACAAGAACAAGAAGCUCUUCUCAAGGAGUAUGCAGAGGAGAAGCAAACGAAGGCCACUGGGACUCGUGUCUCAACCAAGUCCAAGGUCAAUGACAUCACUCAAACCCUCAAGGCUGUAGAAAAUGAGCUCCAUAGUCUCAACUGUCGCACUGGUGCAGAAGUUGUGUUUUACAUGACGCGUGGCUCUACUGAUCUUCCUAUUCGAGCAAUCACCUUCACUACUGAUGGUGUUAAAAACUUUAUGGGUUCCGUUAUGGGCAUUGACAAUCAGGACCUGAUCAGCAAAAUGGAGGGCUUUGCUGUCCAAGGAGUGCAAGGUGCUGCAAAAAAUCACCAACAGCGUGUCUCUCAAGUUUGUGGUUCAAUUCAGGACGUGAUCAACUGUGGAUUGCAAAAAGUGACUGGUGAGCCUCUCGCCAAGAUGCAGUGGGCCUACUAUUUCCGAAACGUUGUUCAACGCUAUCAGGUGUCCAGCGCACUUCCAGAACUCGAAAUGCUCUUAAGAAAGUGGGAAUCGGGUGCUACAUACUGGAAGGUAUUGGAUGAUGAGGAGUUUGAGCAGCUUCGUCGCGAACGUGAUGAUAAACUUGAUCGAGGUGACAUUACUGAUCGAUGUCGACGGACACGGUCCGAUAAAGGCUCGAAGCGCUGUGGACAUCCUACAGCUGACAAUUCUCACUCUGGGGGUUGCAAGAAGACGAUGUAUAGUAGUGCAGAGAUAGUUGAGUCUAGUGAUGAGGAAGAAAUCCAGCCUGACCAGUUGCCGACAGCUAAUCAAUAG